AAAACAGAUUUUGCUUUCGAAAAAUGUAUAUAUUUUGAAUUAAAAACGGAUUAAAUAUAUACUAAAUUAAUUUAUUAUAAUUUAAUCAAUAUGGAGAUUGGAAAAGUGAAUAAAACACAGUAUUGUUUGGGUUGUUUGUGCCGAAACGAUGAAUUUAAUUUACAGUGCUAUAAAUUUCGUAGUGAAUUCUUUAAAGGUCUAUUCCAGGUGGAAUGUGUUCAUCUCUGCUUUAUUUGUAAAUGCUUAAUUCAAAAAUCGGAGCAAUUCAUCCAGAAUGUCCAGAGUAAUCAGAUAUUCAUGGCGAAUUGGAAUGUUGCAGAUUCAACAAUCCAAAUGGCAAGGACAGAAUUCACACCAUCAACCACACUCUCAAUGGUACACUUAGAUUCAUUAGAACUGAGUGACAAUAAGAAAGACAUUGACGAACCAAUAUUUGUCACUUACAGUAGAUGUAAAAGUAAAGAUAUCAAAAUUAAAUUAGAGUUAAAGGAAGAAGCGGAGGAUCACUUGGAAGGGGAGUUUAUUGAUGAUAACGACUUUCAAGAAUCAUAUCUAAAAGGUGAAGAUGAUUUCCCCCUAAAAACAUUAAUAAAAGCCGAAAGUGCUGAACUAUUGGAUGAUAUAAGUCUUAAGCAACUUGGAAAAACAUUAAAGAGGAGUAAAGUUAAAAAGAGAAGCGAGAAAUCUGAAGAUGAAAUAGAAAAUAUAGAUAACAUAAUUAAUGUUAUACAUAUAACAAGAGAACAAUGUUUGAGAGAACGCAGUAAGAUGACCAAAGAUCCGAAGUAUAUAAAUUCUGUAUAUAAAUGCGAAGAUUGUAUAAAGGGGUUCACUUUUAAAGAAUCAUUUGAAAAACAUUUGGAGAAACAUGAUAAGGCGAUCGGCGAAUACGAAUGUGACAUCUGUAAACAGAGGAUGGGCACCAUGGACAAACUCUUGAGUCAUCAGAGAUACCAUAAAGUACGUUACAAAUGCAGCGAAUGUGACCUCACCAGAAUCAGUCGCCUAACGAUAAAGGAUCAUUACACAGCGUUUCAUCUCCAAGACACCUUCCAGUACAGAUGUUCGCAUUGCAACAAAUUAUUUAAACGUCAAGUGUCACUGAGGAAGCACGUAGCGUACGCACACGUAAGACAAAAGCGGGCGAAGUGUAAGUACUGUCAGAAGACAUACGCCAACAAGGAAGUGUUGAAAUCACAUAUGAUUGGGAAGCACUCUACAGAGGUAACGUCAGGAGAAGUCUCGUUCAAGAAGCACGUGUGUCAAGAUUGCGGUACGGCUUUCAAAGCGCCCUCGCAGCUCAAGAAUCAUAUGAUCAAGCACUCGUUAAGCAGAAAUUAUUAUUGCGUCGAGUGUGACAGGAGCUUCAAGUCAAAUAACGCUUUGAAACAACAUUUAAAAGUAGCUGCGCCACAUAUCAACUAUAUGGAGCUACCUUUUCAUUGUGAUCACUGCGACAAGCGGUUCGGCGUGCGGAGGGACUUGGAACGCCACACGAAUAGAGUACAUCUUAAUAUUAAACCUUAUCAGUGUGAUAAAUGUGAUAAGGCGUACGUGAACGGAUGGUCGCUGACGGAACACAAGCGGUUCACACACGAAGGUCACAAGAGGCCGUUGAAAUUUCCAUGUCCUUUGUGCGAUAAAGUUUUCGAUCGCAACGCGACCCGCAAAGCUCACAUACGCACUCACACGGGUGAGCGUCCGUACUCCUGCAAGAAAUGUCCCGCGCAGUUCAGUCAGGCCAGUGUUCUUGGAACACACGUCAAACUCGUACACCUCAAGUUGACAAGAGACGGACGACCUAAAGCUCCACUUGCCGUCAAAUAAAUAUAAAAAAAAGUAUAUAAGAAUAAAACCUUUUUGCGUCUGAACUUUUUCUUUGUCACGUCACAUUUUAGGAACGUGGCAUUCGUAUUUUAAUUUGGAAUUUUAUUAUCAAGCAAAAUGUGUCACUUUUUUUAUAUCU